CGUAGUCGUCUGUUUUGGCGCGUGGCAGAGAUUUUUGAAACCUUUUACGGCGCCAGCGCGGAGACGGCAAGGACGUUAAAUAUCUGUCCAGCCACAUAGCUUUCAUAUGAAGACAGCUAGUAACUCGCUCGACAAAUGUUUAAUGCGUGUUUAGAAUCUGAAGAGAAACAUUUAGUUGUCACUGGAGUUAUUUAUGCUCGCUCUAAGCUCGCCUGACUGCCUUGUUGACGUUAGCCGUGCUGUCAGUGUUGCUAGUUAUCUAGCUAACUUACUUUAUAUGUAAGGCGUUUAUUUACAAUACGUUCUGCACCGAAAGAGGUAGAAGCUGCUCAGUUUGGCUUGGCAUUGUAUUUUAAAUAGCAGGUCUUGGCAUGGUAACGUCGAGGCUUAAUAGACCCCGCUCUCAACCCCAGCUGUCAACUUCUCUUCUAGAGCUGGUCUCAAGAUUUGGGUAAGGAGCUGCACAUCAUCCUGGCCUUCAUGUCUGUCGUCCAGGAGACCAGGACAGUCAGCACGCCCCGCCCCCUGCCUGCGCACUUCUCGCACGCUGAACAGUCCUUCUCGCUGAAGAAGCGCCGCCUGGCCUUCUCUUCCUCGACGUCGUCGCAGUCUGCUUCACCUUCGCGGCUGCUCUCCCAGUCCCUGCCUCCGCGGCCGCCGUCCAAGGGCUGCCCGCCCGUGAGCCGCGUGUUCCCACCGCGCCGUGCCCCCUGGAUACCACUAUCACGCCGCCUGCUCCAGAACCCACCCCCCUGCUCCCUCUACGACCCUGGGCGUCCACAGUCCUUCUUCAACCAGUGCUUCGUCAACCUGGGCCUCAUCGGCAGAGGGUCCUUCGGGGAAGUGUACAAGGUGCGCAGCCUGCUGGACGGCCAGUUGUACGCGGUGAAGCGUUCGGCGCAACGUUUCCGUGGUGAGGCAGAGCGGGGGCGGAGCAUUAGGGAGGCCCGCAACCACGAGGGCCUGUGGCCCCACCCACACGUCCUGGGCUUCACUGCGGCCUGGGAGGAGGGCGAUCGCCUCUACAUCCAGACUGAGUUAUGCUACACCAGCCUGCUGCUCCAUUCAGAGACCCAGCCCUCUGGCACUGGUGAGCCAUAUGCUUGGGAUUCCCUUUGUGACCUGCUAUCAGCUCUGAAACACCUCCACUCCCAGGGCUUCGCCCAUCUCGAUCUCAAGCCGGCUAACGUCUUCCUGACACGCUCCGGCCGCCUCAAACUGGGAGACUUUGGCCUGCUGUUCCAGCUUCCUGGAAGUGGUAGAGUGGGCGGGGCUGAUGACGAUAGAGGGGUGGAGCAAGAUAGGAUCGAGAAGGAUGAAGCGCAGGAGGGUGACCCACGGUACAUGGCUCCUGAACUGCUCCGAGGGGAAUAUGGUGCUGCUGCAGAUAUCUUCAGCUUGGGCGUGUCCAUCCUGGAGUUGGCCUGCAAUAUGGAAGUGCCUAAAGGAGGAGAAGGCUGGCAGCAGCUCAGACAGGGUUACCUGCCAUCCGAGUUCACUAAUGACCUGUCUCCAGAGCUGCAGUGUGUCCUGCGGCUAAUGCUGGCUCCAGAUCCCAGGGACCGAGCCACAGCGGAGCAGCUCCUGGCUCUGCCCUCCGUACGCAACCACAGGUGGAGACGCCGCCUCUCUCUCCAGCGCCGCGAGAGCUGGCUGUCUGUACUCACCUUCGUCCAGUGUGUCCUGGCUGCAGUCUGGAGCUUUUUGUGGUCCCUGAAGCUGCGCUUCCUGCCCCGCUACCCUCCACCAACUCCUUGCACACCCCCCAGGGAGAGUUGGGAGAGAGAGGGCGACGUCAGUGCCCUGCAGCACAGUGCCGAGCUCUCGGAAGAGGACAGCCCCAUGGAGGCCCAGAGCCUCGAACACUCCCCCACUUUCUCACACAGAAUCCAGGCCAGUUUAUCAGUGGGAAGCACCUCUACUCCUUUGCCCAACUCAAGUGCCCUGACAAACGCCAGCCCUACACAGCCGACCCAUAGCCACCAUGACAGCACCCACCCCUGCAUCCUCUCGCAGUCCUGUACCAGUCUUUGCUACACCCAGCCUGGGUGCACGCCCUCGUCCUCACCCUCACACAGCCUCAGUCUGAGCCCCAUACGCUGCAGCUCCUCGACUGGCUCCAGGCACUCGACUCACUCCCUGGACCUCCGGAACCUCUCAGACUCCCCGGCCUCCAGCCGGUGUAGCCGUGCGGCCCGCAGCUGGGUUGAGACAGAGUCUGAGCCUGUCCCAAGGAGCGGCUUUGAGCCAAAGAACCUGCUCAGUCUGUUUGAUGAGACCACGACAGAAAGCGAGCCCUGAGGUCUGAAGGCUCUAGAGUGUAGCAUGCUUAUCACUUUAUAGAGGAAACAGGAGUCCGGAGGAGGAGGUGUAAGGCUAGGAUGCCUGCAUUUAGUAAUUGUAUUUAGUUACUUUAAAUAUUCACUGAAAAUUGUUAUGAACAUUUCUGCUUUUUGUCUGUGCCAUGUUUGUAUAUAGCUACUUUAUUUUAGGUUUUAGAAACAUGUUUUGGUAGAAAUAAUUUUCUGUGAGAUGUUUUUUUUAAGUAUAAUAUUUGCCUGUCCUUGCAGUCCAUCAUAUAUGAGAAUGACCACAGAACCUGCUGCUGUUUUUUUUUUUGUUUUUUUUUAAAGUUUGUACAAGUGAGUUUUUGUGAUGUUAUCUGUGUAUGCAAAUUGUGUGAAAUGACUAAAUAUCGAAUUUAUG